UUGUAGCAAGCGGAUCGGUUCGGAUUGGUGUUCAGCCAUCGAAAGCUAUCUAUCUACCGGGAGUCAAGUGCAUUUCCUAACGUCGUUGGCAUUGGCCGGAGAGCAGCCCCUGGGUCUGGUCACCGGAGCAUCCAGCGUGCAUCGUGCAUCUGCUUUGUUUUACUUCAUUUAUUUCGUGUCGCGUCGGUUGAUGUUGUGUUGAUGAAACUCCGGCUUCUUCUUAUUGUUAGUGUUGCAUUUGAUUGGUAUUGAGCCCACGGCAAUUUCUGCUGUUGUCGGGUGACGAAAGUGCCAAGAGUCUUUCAAAGUCAAUCAAUUAGAGAGUGCAUUACGGUUGCCGAUUGGAUCCAUCAUUAUCAUCAACAUCCCACGAUGGUGCUACACAUGGUGCUUUUGGCGUCGAUUUUAACGGCUGCGCAAUGUUUCCAAUUGAACAUGACGCAGUUCUACGAGAUGCCUCCGCUAUAUGACUUGGAUGACUAUGAUCGCUGCCUCCAGGAGUAUGAAGGACAGGCCUCCACUUACUGCUUCGUCCGGGCGGAAGUGCAGCCGGAUGAGUCAGUGGCCGCCUGGCGAGCCAUUGCCGAGAUUUCGCAGUACAAUCGUCAUCACCUUGAUCACAGCCAGCUCUACUUUGGCCUCUGCCUGAGAGAGUGUGAGGCAUCGCUGGCCGAUUUGGAUAAAAGUGACUUGGCGGCCCUAGAGGCCGGUCUGCUGACGGGAAAUGCGAAGGUGAACGUGUAUCUGGACUUGUUCUCGAUGGAAGCGGAAAGCCGAAAGCGGCAUCAGCGUCUAACGAAUGCCUGCCUUAAUUGGAGGCUGCAGCGUCAGGGAUUUGGAGUGAUGGCCAAGAGCGUGGUGGAGUAUUGCAACGAGGCGGGACGCCAAGUCGAAGAUGAUGCCUGGAACCUGACCUUCUAUGGAAUUCUGGGCGCCCUGGUGGUUCUGACCUGCCUGAGCAGCUUGGUUGAUCUCCACCUAAAGCGGGGGCGCCACGACAAGAUGCUCAAGGAGCGGGAUCACUACAAGACGCCGCCAAAGAGCACCGCCCAGCAGGUGCUGCUCACCUUCUCGGUGGCCCGCAACUGGUAUCGCCUUAACCAGGAGCCAUGUGGCAAGAUCGGGCGCGAGUUGCGCUUCCUAGACUGCUUCAAGUUCUUUGCCAUGUUCCUGGUGAUCUUUGCGCACACCAACUGGGUGAUUUACGAGAGUGCGAUUAGCAAUCCACAGGAUCCCGAACGGAUGCUUCACUCGGCCGCGGGCACGCUGCUCGUCUCAGGGUCCCUAAUCACUGUCACGUUCUUUGUUAUCAGCGGUCUGCUGUUGACCAUUAACUGGUUGGCCGCCACUCGAACGAUGCAAACUAAGAAGGAUACUUGGAGCUUUGUCCAGUACUCCUUGCUCUUCGUUAAGUUCAACGUCUUCCGGUACAUCCGACUGACCGUUCCCUAUGCCUUUGUCCUGCUGAUGAGCGGCGUUUACUUUGAUAACGCUGGUGGUCCAUUGUGGCGGCACAUCUUUGAGCGGGAGCAACUCUCCUGCCGGCGCAACUGGUGGACGAAUCUCCUGUACAUCAACAACUUUGUGCGAACGGACGAGCGGUGCCUGCUCCAGGGUUGGUAUCUGGCAGCGGACACUCACUCUUUUAUCCUGAGUUUGGUGGUGCUGAUGCUGGGCCACCGGUUUGCCAAGUGGAGCAAGCAACUCUAUGCCGGGGUGCUGGCCUUCUUUGUGGUUCUUCCGGCGGUUCUCACCUAUGUUAUGGACUAUUAUCCCAUAUUUAUACCCACGCCGCAAACCCAAAAGGACUCUUUUAUCGGUGAUCGUCAGUUCACAGAGUUCUACACUUCGUCUUUGAUGAAUUUCGGUUGUUAUUUCUGUGGAGUCCUGGCCGCCUUGGUUUAUGAUCAGUUGACCCUAAGGCAGUAUAAGCUGCGGGAGCUAAAAUGCUUCCAGCUACUCUGGUUCACCCUCAUUCCCGUGGGCAUCCUGUGGAUGUUCAGUGCCCACCCCAUCUUCCAGCAUUAUUACGUGGCUCCGUCCGCCAUUUGGGGAGCCUUGUAUGCCGGGCUCCAGCGGAAUAUCUGGGGCUUUGGCCUGGCCGUCUUUAUUGUAGGCAUGGCCGGCAAGGUGGGCUGGAUCUUCCGCAAGUUUUCCUGUCUGCCUAUAUUCCGCAUCUUGGGUCGACUAACGUAUGGAGCGUUUAUUAUCCACCUUUUGGUGGCACGAAUCGUCUUGGCCACAGUGCGGGAGCCAAUUUACUUUGGCACUGGCAUGAUGUUCACCUUUAUCUUGUUCACGGUUACCGUGUCCUAUCUGUGCUCCUUCCUGCUGGCCAUCUUCCUGGAGCUACCCGUCUCCUCCUUCCUUAAGCUAAUGCGAUAACACCCAAAUCCUAACUUAUAGAUUACUUUUAGUUAGAAUAAGAUAACAUAACUUAAAUAAAUUUA